UAGCUUAGCUCUAACCCAGCACUACUACUCCACAGUUAUUUCAUCCUCCUCAAAUUAAUCACCACAUAACCAAAUCUCUCCCUAUAGCUCCGAGUCCAUCUCCAGUUUAUUAACGAGAUGGCUGACCGGAGAGCUGAAGAAAAUGUCGUCUCCGGCCAACCCAUCCAGAAAACCAUUGCGGAUUUCGAUCCCGCUCCCAAACCCAAGAGAAACAAGUACGCUUUUGCUUGUGCUAUGUUGGCUUCCAUGACUUCUAUCCUACUCGGUUAUGAUAUUGGGGUAAUGAGUGGAGCGGCGAUCUACAUCAAAGACGACCUCCAUGUCUCCGACGUGCAGAUCGAAGUUCUAGUAGGAAUUCUGAAUCUCUACUGCCUCAUCGGCUCCGCCGCCGCCGGCAGGACGUCCGACUGGAUUGGACGUCGGUAUACCAUAGUCCUCGCCGGAGCCAUCUUCUUCGCCGGAGCUCUUCUCAUGGGCUUCGCCACCAACUACUCCUUCCUCAUGUUCGGGAGGUUUGUUGCCGGAGUCGGCGUUGGUUAUGCCCUCAUGAUUGCUCCUGUCUACACCGCCGAAGUUUCUCCGGCGUCGUCUCGUGGUUUCCUCACGUCUUUCCCUGAGGUGUUUAUCAAUGCCGGAAUCUUAUUGGGGUACAUAUCCAACUGGGCAUUCUCCAAGCUCGCACUUAACCUAGGCUGGCGUCUCAUGCUCGGCGUCGGUGCAAUACCCUCCGUCUUCCUCGCCCUCGGCGUCUUAGCCAUGCCGGAAUCCCCUCGCUGGCUCGUCAUGCAGGGCCGCCUCGGCGACGCCAAGAGAGUCCUCGACCGAACUUCAGACUCCAUGGAAGAGUCCAAACUCCGACUCGCCGACAUCAAAGAAGCCGCCGGAAUCCCCGAGCACUGCAACGAGGACGUCGUUCAAGUCCCAAAACGCAGCCACGGUGAAGACGUCUGGAAAGAGCUCAUACUCCGCCCGACCCCCGCCAUCCGUCACAUUCUCAUCGCCGCCGUCGGUAUACACUUCUUCCAACAAGCCUCAGGCAUCGACGCCGUCGUUUUGUACAGCCCGAGAAUCUUCAAAAAGGCCGGAAUCAAGGCCAAGGACAAACUCCUCCUCGCCACCAUAGCCGUCGGAUCCGUCAAGACAGUCUUCAUCCUCGUCGCAACGUUUCAUCUGGACAGGAUAGGACGCCGUCCUUUGCUUCUUACCAGCGUAGCAGGGAUGAUAGCCUCACUCGGUUGUCUCGGUUUCAGCCUCACCAUCAUCGACCACAGCGACGAGAAGAUCAUGUGGGCCCUUGUUCUCUCCAUCACCAUGGUCUUAUUCUACGUCGCGUUCUUCUCCAUCGGAAUGGGCCCCAUCACUUGGGUCUACAGCUCCGAGAUCUUCCCGUUAAAGCUACGAGCUCAGGGGUGUAGUAUUGGAGUCGCCGUCAACAGAGUCGUCAGUGGGAUAAUCUCAAUGACUUUUAUAUCCCUGUACGAGGCCAUAACUAUUGGCGGAGCCUUCUUUCUUUUCGCCGGAAUUGCGGCGGUUGGCUGGGUGUUCUUCUAUACAAUGCUACCGGAGACACGAGGGAGAACCCUUGAAGAUAUGGAAGUCCUUUUUGGGAAGUUCCACAAGUGGAAAGAGGCCAAUGCCCUGCUCAAAAACAAGCAGGUGGAUCCUAAUAGUAAUGGAAACGACACCGCCAGCGGCGGUCAGGUUCAAUUAGGAACAAAAGGGCAAGAUUAGGGUUGGUGAUGGCAAUAUAUAUAUAGUAGAGAAGAAGAAGCUCAACCCAUAGUCUGAAAAUUUUUGUAUGCGUGCGGAUUAUAUAUAACCGGCACAUACAAAAGCUUAUCAGAAGGCAAAUGGUAUAAGAAUGGUUGAUGGCUCGGCCCUUUCAAGGAGAAAAAUCAAAUGCAAUGAAGAAAACAAAGUUUUAUAUGUGUAUUCAUUGUACAAGGUUGUGCUUGACAUUUGCUUACCAUUUGUAGGUUUUUUAUUUUUUCCUCUUUUGGUGACUCGUGAGACUGUAUCUCAGAAACUAGCAAUAAUAGUAGUCAUGAAUGAAUUAUCAUGAA